AUGUCAACCAACGGGGAAGCUGAGCGCAAACCCAGUCGUCCGGUCUGGCGACGUGCGGUUUUAGCACACAUCAAAUUUAGCACUCUCGAAAGACGAAAGCACCAUAUGGAGGAGCAGCAGAGAUCUGUCACUCCUCUUCAGGUGGCUUACAACCAGCAAGACAUCGUCCAGCCGGAACCAGUCCACCUUAAUGGGAAUCCUGGAGCUAGCUUCGUGGAAGAUCUGGAGACCAUAGCUAAAGAAAUGGGUAUUCUCCAUCCGAACGCCUUAGAUACAAACGACUUCUUGGCUAGCGAAGAAAUCUGCGAUCCAGGUCCCAUAAUUCAGCCAGCCAUCCUUGGGUAUUCCAGUGCUCCCAAGGGAACAUACGUUGUUUCGCCCAUGGCCAGCCUAUUGUUCGACUUGGACUACGAAUACAGCCAGGCGAGCAGGAUACUGCACGAGAAUUUUGUGCACCAGGCCGACGUACCCGGCAGCUCAAACAGAGAGCUUGCUGAGCAAACAGCUGAAUCCUCCUCUCAAUGGUUCAGUAGACUCGAUGACUGGUCGAGACAGGAUGAGGACUCCUGCAAAGAGGGCUUGAUUCCUCCCCAUAAUACGCCAGUUGAGUCUGGGGACGUCAGCCACGUCAACACAUCAGCUCGAGCUCCAUCGUUGGAUCGUGGUCCGAGUAUCCGGCUUCAAAAAGCGCUUGCAGAAGAUCAAGAGGCCUGGGAGCCCCUCAAGAAGCCGAUCAACGAGCUUGUCGCCACUAGCGAGCCGCUUCCCCCAUCGGGUACCCAGAACGGCCUUCUUCAAGCGGCUGAACGAGCUGGCGUCUGGCGUAACGAGAUGGGCGUGUCUUGUGCGGCAGAAGAGAAGGCAAAUUUAGUACAGAAGAGGUACGAGGAUGAGGUGGAGAUGGUGCGGCGUCUUCGGGCAGGCCUCGAGAUGAAGAUUGAGAAGAGGCCCUGUUACCUGCUCUGGCUGGAAGAGAGGCACCAGCUCUCGACGGAGCGGAUGUUGGCUUCAGCUACGACGCGACUUGCGGAUUACCUGGAGGGGUACAAGGCGGUCAGUCUGAGGGAAUUAUGUCGGAGGCGCGGACUCCUUGGUGAUUGCCAUGGGCAGGUGUCAGUCUGA